AUGAUACUCCCUUCUGCCCCUCCUGAUUCGUCGUCCGUAAGUAAUGAACUGAUGGGGUGGGCGUACGUUACGAAUCAGUUGCUCUUGGACAACGCGCGGCGUGUGGUCACGGAGGUCGAAGAGCCCUCACGACGUGCCGACCUUGCGGCGGAGUGGGCAGCGGGUUUGGCAGAGCUUCUACACGUGCGUAGCACCUGCGUUUCCUCCAUGUUGUGCCGAUUAGUGACGGGGAACAGCAGAGAGGGUACCGAGUAUGGAGUAGGGGAAACGAUGGGCCUGUGUGCAGAGAAUGACCACCGCGAGGCUGCCGAACUAAACCGCCUUGAGGCCGCCCGGCGUGAACUUCAUCAGUUGCGUGCAGAGCGAGAGGCAGAAAAGCAGUGCCUACGGAGGAUGCGCCAAUGUGUGAAGCAAGCAUCUAAUACUUUCGAAGAGCAGUUUGGCGUCCAGGUUUUCGCACCGAACGUGGAGGACGACACAUCUGUGAAGGUAGCGGAAUUACAAGAUAGUCUUGCUGCGUACGUGGAGGCUACACAGAAGAAGCAAGUGCAGCUCCAAGAAGAAGUAGCGGCGCUUCGAGUGUUGUUGAAAAGCUGUGAACAGGAAGGGGGCCAACGGCACGCGUUGCGGGUAGGAGGAACGCCACUUUCAUUCCCUUCGCGUAGUAAUGGGACGCAGUAUUCUGGCGUAUUCGUGGGUGAGACGCCGUAUGGUUUAGCACACACUGCAAUGGGGGGCUCCCGGCCACAGCAACAGUUGUUACAGAGGAACGCCGACGGUGCAGCUUUCUCUCCUUUUCAGGGGGAUCUCUCAACCUCAGGGUUGGCUAAUGCAGUCCGGGCUUGGAAAGAGAGACAACAGCGACUAAAGGAGGAGUUGCGCAACCUGCAGUGA